GCCUUGUUGAAAAGAGGAAGACUGCGAGCACCAAGCCAUAAAGGUUAGAGGUUAGACAGAGCUGUUAUCAGUCUCGGCGAGAAAGUGGAAAAUCAGAGAGCUCAGGAUCCCAAACAGACAUUUGAAACAGCAAGGAGCAAAUAUCAAAUGAGAGGCUUGACAGCUGCCUUACCUGUGGUGUUCCCAGUCUACAGCAUAUGCAGUGACGACCAAAAGGCUUGCCUGCAGUGAAAAGUUGAAGACAAGAAAGAGUGAGAGCGAGUGAGAGAGAGAGUUGGCACUUGGGAGCAGAGCAAAAAAGCAGAUCUGGGGAUUGCCGUGAUGGAAAACCUGCCUGUCUACCAUGGACCCAUCGGCAAGGAAGAGGGGGAGAGGCGGCUGGCCCAGGACGGCCGGGAUGGGUGCUACCUAGUCCGCAACAGUGACUCUGUACCAGGCGUCUACUGCCUGUGUGUGCUGUGCAAUGGAUACGUCUACACAUACAGACUCCAAAAGGAUGAGGCAGGCUCAUGGGCAGCAGAUACCACUCCUGGUGUGCAGAAACGAUAUUUCCGGCAAAUCAGGAACUUGAUAGCAGCUUUCCAGAAGCCUGAUCAAGGAAUUGCCAUGCCUCUGCUCUACCCUGUCACCGCUCAGAGACGGGCACAAACACACACAGAGGCACAGACACCCAGUAAUAGCCUGUCGCCGACACACAGCAGCCCAAACGCAUACCUCCAUCUGCAGCAGCCGCCACAUGCAGCUCAGGGACAGAAAAAAAGGAACAAGAAGGAGGUGCGGAAAGCUUUCGGUUAGGCGCAACCCCUUAUCUCACUGUUGACCCAAUUAUAAACACAAAUACUGUCUUUGCAUGAUGCCUACUGCUGCACUUUGCUGGCUGUGUGUGAAGUAACUGUCAUUUUUUUUGCAAUUAAGCAGCUCCUGUUUGUUAAAUGCAGUCAUUUAGACUCUAGCAGUGACUCAGAUCUCAGUAUCCAUCCAGUCUCUUUUUCCUUCUGCAUAUGCGGCAAAGAGAGGGGCUCAUAACUUUCAGGGAUGUGAUGUAAAAUAUUCAACUUCUCCAACAUUAAUAUCCAUUACUGCAUACGCAAGUUGACAACAAAUAUUGUGCUCUGUUUUCUUAAUGCAAUUCAGUUGUGUGAA